UAUGCUUAUAGCCCGCAGCACCGCUAUUCUCUUCCAGAAUAAAUAUAUUUUUACGCACAUGAAAGUCGGCAGAAAAAGCGGCUCUGCACGCUAUUGGUCGAUCUCAGAGGUUAGAGGUCGAUAUGUAAAUAUCCAACAUGGCGGCGCCCGUAGAUGACAUGUUUUCUCGCUGCGCGGAUCCCGCUAAAGCCAGUAAUCGCGUGGAGGUCCGAUUUAUCGACAAUGUCAAGGGCAAAGGAUUAUUCGCGAAAAAACCCUUCAAGAAAGGUGACACCAUUUUUAUUGAGCAACCUCUAGUCUCGUCUCAGUUCUUGUGGAAUGCCUUGUACAAAUACAGAGCGUGUGAGCACUGUCUGCGAGCUCUGGAGACGGCCGAGGAGAACGCCAGGCGCUUGAGUGGUCUGCCGGCUCUCAGUCUGCCUCACCCCGAGCUCUGUAAAGUGCGUCCGGACCGACACCAGGCCUGUCCGCACUGUCAGGUGAUGUACUGCGGGGCUGAAUGCCGGCAGGCUGCUUGGGAGCAGUAUCAUAAGCUCCUGUGCCUCGGACCGUCUCGCCGGGACCCCGAUCAUCCGCUCAACAAGCUGCAGGACGCCUGGCGGAGCGUGCAUUACCCCCCGGAGACCUCCAGCGUCAUGAUAAUGGCGAGGAUGGUGGCCUCCAUCAAGCAGGCUCAAGAUAAGGGAGGCUGGCAGAGGCUGUUCUCUCACUUCUGCAGCCGCACGGCGAACGAAGAGGAGGAAAUAGUUCAUAAACUGUUGGGAGAGAAGUUUCAGGGCCAGCUGGGUCUGCUGCGUGAUCUCUUCAGCGGCGCGCUCUACGAGGAGCGUCUCAGUCAGUGGUUCACCCCGGAGGGUUUCCGCUCUCUGUUUUCACUCGUUGGGACCAACGGUCAGGGGAUUGGCACCAGUUCUCUGAGUCAGUGGGUUCAUGCGUGUGACGCUCUGGAGCUCCCCGUCCAGCAGAGGGAGCAGCUGGACGCGUUCAUCGACCAGCUGUACAAGGACAUCGACAAAGAAACCGGCGACUUCCUCAACUGCGAGGGCUCCGGCCUCUUCCUGCUGCAGAGCUCCUGUAACCACAGCUGCGUUCCCAACGCCGAGGCGUCUUUCCCCGACAACAACUUCCUCCUUCACCUGACGGCCCUUGGCGACAUCGGCCCCGGAGAGGAGAUCUGUAUCAGCUACCUGGACUGCUGCCAGCGGGACAGGAGUCGUCACAGCCGGCACAAGAUCCUGAGGGAGAAUUACUUAUUCGUCUGUUCCUGUCAGAAGUGCGUGUCCCAGACGGACGACGCUGAUCUGACGUCGGAGGAUGAGGAGGAAGCGGAAGGCGAAGGAGAAACGGAGGGAGACGACAUGGAGGACGAAAUGACCGAUGUGUGACUCCUGUUAGUUUGUGGACCCUUGUGAUGUGAUCCUGACCCUGACGCAGGGCCUAAUAUCUCCAUCGUCACACUCACAGUAGCAGUACGGUUAACUGUCUGGCUGUUAUAACCCUAAUAUCAAAGCCUAUGCAAAAUAUAAGCGCGCUAUUUUUUAA